CUACUACUAUUAAAGUGCAUUUGACCGUUCCAUAAAAGUCGUAAAUACCAUCUGUGAAUAUCACUAUUUGAAUUAUACUCACGUUUACAAACUGAGGCGUAAAUGUAGAUGUGAGCACAUGCUUUUAACACUAUGCAUUCAGAGAGUGAUUAACGUUAAGCAGGAAAAUCAGCAAACAGCACUAACUAACCUCCUUUUACUCACUUUUUUUGUUUUUUUAUCCAGUUUUUGGUCCGUUUUUUGACACACCCCACUCAACAAGGGCCGCCGAACACAUCAUCUAUGCUGCCUGAGAGGCUAACCUCUGGGUACAUAAACACACUACCCCAUCGCUUCAGUUCAGCAAGGUAGCCUCUUCGAAGCUAAGCUAGCGACCUAUCCGGUGUGUGUGCUGUUGCUCCAACCUGCAGCAAACCGCUUCCUAGUUUGACGUGACACGUAACCAGCUUGCGGUCUUCGUAUAAUGCCGGUGCCUAUUUGAUUGUCCGCGCUAGCUAGCUUACUCUGUAACUGUGUGUGAGGGGCGUGAAAGAAGAGGAAGGCUUGCCACUGCCCACCAGCAGCAGCUGCUACGGGUAGUCUUGACUACGGCUGCCUCCUGCUGCUAACAUAGCUGAAGUUCCUCAUCUGUCUGUAGAUGAGGUAGUGUGGUGAUUUAGCUAGCUAAACACACCCCAAGGCGGUGGGUUCAUGUCUGCCUCUCAACCAAGAAACCAACUAUUACGAAAAGGAAAUCUUGCAGUUCAUGUUUCGCCAAGAAGUCGGUGUGACGUCUUUUAUUCCAUCUUGUUCAUAUCUUUUCCAACACGAGAAGAGGAAUAUGUCCAGGUAUAACAUAUACAGCCUGUUGGACUGGAUCUACGGCGGGGUGGAUCCGAAGUUCGAGGGCAACGGGGGGCCCGAGUGUGCCGCCUUCCUGGCGCCCCAGCAGCGCAUCAGCGAAAGUCUGGUCAUCGUCCUCGUCUCCCUAGUGGAGAUUUGCGUGGCGCUGAAGAAAAUAAACAUCUCCAAAGAGCUCAAAGUGGUCGCAAAGGACUGCACGAGGGCAAAGGAGGAUAGUCUGAUGAAGAACUUGUUGCUGGUUGCCCUUUGCAUGACUUUUGGAGUGGAGGUUGGGUUCAAAUUCGCGACCAAGACCGUGAUAUAUCUGCUGAACCCCUGCCAUGUGAUGACCAUGGUGCAGAUCUUCUUGCUGGCCUGCCCGCCAUGUAAAACAGCAAUGGUUGUAUUUAGGCUACAGGUCCACAUGUUGAACGGUGCGUUACUGGCUUUAAUGUUCCCUGUAGUCAACACUAGACUGCUUCCAUUUGAGAAGGAGAUCUACUACAUCCAGCACUCCAUGCUGUACCUGGUGCCUCUCUACCUUUUCAGGAAAGGAGGUGUGUACAAACCUGAACCUCUGGGGGACAUGUGGUGGGCGCUGCUUUCCAAUGGCAUCCUGUUCCUCUAUCACUUCCUCUUCCUGCAGGUCCUCGGCCUGGCAACUGAGGUCAACCUGAACAACAUGCUGUGCCCGGCCGUGUCCGAUCCCUUUUACGGGCCUUGGUACCGGGUGUGGGCUACGGGCCACCAGACCCUGCUGACCCUCAUGCACGGAAAAGUCCUCACGCUCCUCUCGCAACACACAGGCUACGUCUGCAGAUGCCUGCUGGACACACUCCGACUGCGCAGCAAGAAAGUUGACUGAAUGUCCUUGAGGAUGCACACAGACCUAGCCUUUCAUUCUAAAUGCCUGCUCCUGUCAUGGAGAUUUUUAUUUUUCAUCAACAUUUUAAUGCAUCUUUUAAGACUUACCAUCUGUUUUACUGAAACGUGAGCAUUUCAGGGCCACUGAAACAAUGUAACAUUCUUUUAGUGUUGUAGUUGGCUUGCAUACAUACUUGCAUGCACAAACAUAAUAGGCAUUUUUAAGGCUGUAGUUAACAUUGUGGAGUUAGCCUUUUUUUUUUUUGGAAUACAAUUUCCAAAAACAUGUAUGUGAAUUUGUGGACAAUUUCUCAAGAUGCCUUUAUGUAAAGUUUUAAGGACAGAAAAUAGGAGUCACAUAAAUGUCACUACUGGUCUGCAGUUGUUCCACUUUCAGUUUUUUAUGUGGUAGUUAUGCUAGAUCAUAUGUUAGUGGGUUAAAGCUGCCAUUUUAUUUGUCUCAAGUGUGUUUUGAAACAGGUUGUGAAUGUGAGCUGUAUUAGACGUUAUUGCUUGUUUAUAGUCUGAGACGUUUUGCUUGUCAUGUAUGUUCGCUUCUCUACAGAAGCCCUGAGAGGCAAGUGAGAAUAAUUUUUUUUCUGGUGAUCCAUUUUCGAUUAAAUAUUUUUUAUCUCCUGUUUUUAUGUUAUGUUUUUGAGUUCCUUUUUUUAAAAAAAACGUUAUGGCAGGUGAAAAGUUUUUAUUAUAAUACUCAUUUUGGCCACAAGAGGCUCAGCACUACCUGAUUUUUGAAAUACUACUAAAAUCAUCGUUUUCUUCCAGUUGUUGCGUCUAUUAAAAUACCUUUUUUUGUUAAAAGAAAGACAUGACCGUAAAGGUACAGUGUAAGUAUACUGUGUUUAGAGCGCAUGCAGAAAUUAAAACUCACAUGCAAGAAGGUGAUCAGCAGGCAAGGUGAGUCCAAAUGUAAGGAAUUUAGAAUGAUCUGUUCUUAAGCCAUAAACACAGAUGAAAAUUUCGAUCAGACUUACGAAAUAGGUCCCCAGAAUGUUUUUCUCUCACUUGCCUCUCGGGACUUCUAUACCUCUCAGUGUUGUCACGACUGAAAAUAGAAACUUAUUUAUGGCGCCCCCACUUUACUACACAUGUACAGGGUAUGGAAGCAUUCUUGUAAGUGGCCUCUUUUGUGAUUCUGUCUCCAGCACGUUCAGAUCAUUCCAGUUGUGAUAAUCGGGGGACAUGAGGAUGUAGCGCUGAGAUUCAAAGUGACAAACUUAUGGAUCUACACUGGGAUAUUAUUACCUCUGCCAAGGAGGUUAUGUUAUUGUCUGUUAUUUUAUUGUGAUAUUGGACCACAUUCAGUGAGGCAUAAACUUAAGUGUGUCAUUGGGAUGAAUGUGAUGUUUGCCAAGAUAGAGUAAAUCUUGGCAAAAUAUGUAUCUGGCCUCAAACCAUGCAUCAUGACACUUGAAUAGAAUUUCUUGCUUGAUCCUCAAAUUAAUCUUACAAGGCAUCCUAAAUUUACUCCACCAUUACAACUGUAAUGAGACUCAUUUUUGUAAAAAAAAACUCCACGUGAUGAUCUGCAUGAAGUCACUUUGGGUCAUUUACUGACUACCUAUUCGAAAAGCAAGCUAGCUAAUUAAAUUAAAAUUGGAAUAUGUCAUGGUAUACCAUUUCAAGUGUUAGGGGUGUGUGUUUUACUGUAGCAUAUACUGUACUUCACUGUAAAGAAGGGAUAAAACAAACUUUUGUAUUUCUAUGGGUUCGAGUGUAUGUGCUGUAUUGACAAUAAAAAAAAUGAUUUUAGUUGA